AUGCAGUUAAGUAAAGCUGCUGAGCUGUGCUAUGAGAUAACAAACUCUUACCUACAGAUACACCAAGAGUCCCAGAUAAUAUCAAGUACACAAGAAGCAAUACGGUUGACAAGGAAGUAUUUAUUGAGUGAAAUUUUUGUACGCUGGAGUCCACUAAAUGGAGAAAUAUCAUUCUCAUACAAUGGCGGGAAAGAUUGCCAGGUAUUACUGCUAUUGUAUUUAAGCUGUUUAUGGGAAUAUUUUUUCAUCAAGGCCCAAAACUCUCAGUUUGAUUUCGAGUUCCAAAGCUUCCCCAUGCAAAGACUUCCCACUGUUUUCAUUGAUCAAGAAGAAACUUUCCCCACACUAGAGAAUUUUGUACUAGAAACCUCAGAACGAUAUUGCCUGUCAUUGUAUGAAUCACAAAGGCAAUCCGAAACGGCCAUCAAUAUGGCAGAUGCGUUUCGAGAAUUCAUAAAGAUAUACCCUGAGACCGCAGCUAUAGUGAUAGGUAUCAGGCACACAGACCCAUAUGGUGAAACGCUACAACCUAUUCAAAGAACGGACUCGAAUUGGCCUGAUUUCAUGAGGCUGCAGCCCCUUUUACACUGGGACUUGACUAACAUAUGGAGUUUCUUGUUAUAUUCUAAUGAACCAAUUUGUGGGUUAUACGGGGAAGGGUUUACAUCGGUGGGCGGUGUCAACAAUUCUUUACCCAACCCAUAUUUGAAAAAGGAUUUAAGUGAUAUACCAUUGCUUUUUGAAUGGGAGAUUGCCCACGCAUUUGGCAAGAAUGCAGCGGGAGAGCAUGAUCCUAUUGUAAAUACUUCACCGAUAUCUGUGGUGGAUAAAGAAAGAUUCAGUGAAUACCAAGACGAUUAUUAUCCUGGUUGGUAUCUCAUCGAUGAUACUAUAGAAAGGGCCGGCAGGAUUAAAAACUAA